AUGAUUAUCCGGCAGCUAAUGGGGCUGAAACCGUGGGCCCGUGUGCUAGUGCCCUUCCUGUUCGUGUGGGUUCUAUUUGUGCUAAUAUUCUACUCGAAGCUGAAUACCACUGCGGCCGGCAGCUCGAUCGGUGAAGACGAUGAUUCGCUCAAGCGGCUCGAUAAGGCAGUCCAGCAACUAGAACACUCGAAACAGAUAGACCACGAACUGCGAAUGUUGGUCGACGAGUAUUUGGCCGAAGCCGGGGCGUCGGCGGAUCGGAAGCAACACUUCAUUGACGAGCUAGGUAACAAACUCGACCAAGACGGGUUUGCGUUAGGGCGCCCGCGAAGCAGUCCGUCACUCGAGUACGAACAGCUCCGGAGGCGUGUCAAAACGAACACAGAGGAGCUGUGGAACUUUCUGCAAUCUGAAGUGACGAAGGUGCAGAAACAGGCGCAACGUUCUGCGCCGGAGCUGGUGAAACCUCUGAACGCAUUCCUCUCCCUGGCAGUGGAACACAAACGAUCCCUUCUGACCGAUAUUGAGCGGACGCGUGUUGCCGAUGGCUACGAGGGCUGGCGCCAUCGAGAAGCGGCCGAUCUUAGCGAGCUGGUUCAGAAGCGUCUGACACACCUCCAAAACCCGGAGAAUUGCUCCACGGCACGGAAGUUGCUCUGCCGACUGAACAAAGGCUGCGGUUACGGUUGCCAGCUGCAUCAUGUCGUGUAUUGCUUCAUUAUGGCGUACGCGACUGAGCGCACGCUGAUACUGAAAUCGAAGGGUUGGCGUUACCACAAAGCCGGCUGGGAGGAGGUCUUCCAACCGAUCUCGGACACGUGUGUGGACUCGAACGGCGCAUCUCAUGCCAGCUGGCCGGGACAGGCAAACACCCAGGUUCUCACUCUGCCCAUCAUCGACUCUUUGAACCCGCGGCCCCCGUAUCUGCCCCUGGCGAUUCCGGCGGAUUUGGCCCCGCGCUUGAUGAAGCUACACGGUGAUCCCAUCGUGUGGUGGAUCGGACAGUUUCUCAAGUACCUACUGAAGCCGACCGGUGAAACGAGGCAAAUGCUAGAAAAUGGCAUCGAGCGGCUCGGUUUUAAAAAACCAAUUGUUGGAGUGCAUGUACGACGCACGGACAAAGUAGGCACCGAAGCAGCGUUUCACGGUAUAGACGAGUACAUGACUGCCGUAGAUGACUAUUAUAAUCAGCUUGAACUGACUGAAAAAGUUGACAAACGGCGCGUGUUUGUAGCAAGUGAUGACCCGAAGGUAAUUGAAGAAACGAAAAACAAAUAUCCUCACUACGAGGUGGUCGGUGAUGCAAACGUGGCCAAAAUGGCAGCCGUCUCUACGCGGUACACUGAUUCGUCGCUGAAUGGAAUCAUCCUGGACAUACACCUGCUCUCUCUGAGUGACUAUCUCGUGUGCACAUUUAGCUCACAGGUGUGUCGUGUAGCUUACGAAAUCAUGCAGAGCAUGUACCCGGACGCGUCAGGACGAUUCCGCUCGUUGGAUGACAUCUACUAUUACGGCGGGCAGAACUCGCACAAUCGCGAGGUCGUUCUGCCGCACGAUCCGAAGAGUCACGAUGAAAUUCAGCUUCGACCGGGCGACUUAGUCGGUGUCGCCGGCAACCACUGGAACGGAUAUUCGAAAGGAAAAAACAUCCGCACCAAUCAGGUUGGUCUGUUUCCGUCGUUCAAGGUGAACGAUAGAAUCGAAAUUGUGGAACUGCCCACAUACCCCGAUGUUAAGUAGUCCUUCCGAAACGAAGGACGAAGGCUGAUAGUGAGAGAACUGUAACGAAGGAUCCUAUUUGCGUUGUGUGUCCGUGGUCAAUGUGUGCAUGUGAAUGUGUGCGUAUGUGCGUUUGCGACUUGAUUUGGAAGAUUCGGAAUGAAUGGGUGAUUUAUUGUUUCGAUCAGCAGAAAUCCGUUUCUAUCUGUUAAUGUUGGAAACGGUUCCUCUGGGAUCGAUGGAACGAAAGUUGCUUUUGUUGUGUGAUACUGAAACUAUUGAAUUUGUAGAUCAAUUGCCUGUUUUCCUUUCAUUCUUAUUUUAUUAGUCGUCUCGGUGACCUACUAAAGUAAUUGAUUUUAAGUUCAACGAUAACCAGUGGGUGAGUUUCCAAUUUCCACGUUCAUAGGAAUUUUAAGCUCUUUACCAAGAGAACACGAGUCAAUAAGAACAAACAUAAAAACAAAUUGCAUAUGGACACAUACAAAUUGAACAAAAGUACUUGAUAUUGGAAAAAAAUAAAUUCCUUUUGCUCACUGCAUGCCUCACAUCGGUUAAGUACGCUUUGUCAGCUGGGCUAAAUUCAUAUGUUUCGUUCGCGUGUAGCCCUACAUAAAUGAUAGUUAACGGAUAAAAAGAGUGUAUUAAAAAGAAAUUAUCGAACAAAAUCUGCAAUUCCACGAGAUAUGAGACAAAACAAAUAAAACAAAUAGAAUAAGCGUAAUCAGGAACGAAAUACAAAUCAAAGGAAUUUUUUAUAGACGAACCUAGGAAGGAUAGCGAAGGGGUGAUUUGAAAAUGCAACUAAAAUCGUGCUGAAGCGUUAAUAAUUAUAAUUCAAGCAAAACCGCUGGAUUACGUACAUCCGCCGAAAGGUCAGUAAUUGCUGUAAACAGUCCAUAAAUCAAGUAAAAACAUGCCAAUGCCCUCAACGUGAACACCGAUUGAAAGUAUGAUAAGCAAUGUCUACUUCACUGAAUAAGAAAGUAGGUUUAUUUAUGGUAAAAAGAAAUAAACUGUGUUUUGCCAAGCAAAAUUAA